AUGCUGCGGCGCGCGACAACGGCUGCUUUGCGUGUGCACGCACGCGGUGCAGUACGUGUGCCCUUGCGGCCCCUGGCCACAUCGUCGGGGCGUCUAGCAGAGAACAAGCCAAAAGACCCUGCGAAAGACGCCCGUGCCACGUCCAAAAAUAGCCCGAGCAAGGCGCCCAAAGCGCAUGUCGAUCCAUCGGCGCCCAAAGCGCCUGUCGAUCCGUCGGCACCCAAGGUCGAUGUGUCGGAAACCGCGCGCAAGGCGCGCGCGGCGAUGGCGAAGCAGAUGCGUGCCGCCGAUGAGUGGCCGCACACCGCCGACGACGGCGCGGAUCCGGCCCAGCCGCUGGUCAGCCCGACGGCCGAGGACCUGCUCAAACAGCGUUUUCUGCAUGCACAGAAGCGUGCACCGGGCACGAGCCUCAUGAUGGGCGGCAGCGGUACGCCAAAAGACGUCCCGUCGUUCUUCCGCGAGGACAAGGAGAACAAGAGCGAGGAUACGAGCCUCAUGGGCUCGCCGAGUGCGCCGGCGCCGAAAGAGGACGCAGCCGAGGCGCCCGAGCCCCCGAAAGACGAGCCCCCGAAAGAGGCACCCAGCGACGUCCUCCCGAAAGAGAUGCCCGUCUUUCAGUCGGUGGCGAUGGAGCCGCCGCCCCAUCACCCCCGGUAUAACAAGUAUGAACAGCCCUUCAACACGCACGUCUUUGUGCGGCGACUGGAGGAAGGCGAGUGGCGCAGCAAGCACGGCGCGUCGCCUCCGCCGCCCCCCACGCAAGACGGCGUGGAGAACGGGGAGCCGAGGCGCCGCCACGAUCCAGCCGAGGCGAUUAUGGACCUGACGCGCGCACUGCUGCAGGAGCGCGGCGAGCAGCUUGCGAUGGAUCACCUCGACCGCAGCGACCUCGAUAAUCAGCUGUACCUCUUCUCCAGCGCGUUGUCGGAGCUGCGUACCGAAGUUCGUGUGCGUGCGCGCAACGAUGCGGCGGCACUGCGCAGUCUCACGUCGUUGCUCCAGCGCGAAGUCGAUGGCCUUUCGCAGAAACUGCAGGCGGAGAUUGAGCGGCUCAAGCACGAUAUCCAGGUGGACAUGAACCACCGCAAGACCGAGGUCAAGGACGACAACAACAAUCUCGAGCUCGAGAUCCAGGACCUGAACAACCGCUUUACCAUCUUCCUCAGUGAUCUCAAGACCGAGAUCGAGCAGAGUAUCAAGUGGGAUGCGACGCGUCGUGCGCUGGCGCUCGUCUUUGGUAUUGUCGCGAUCCUUGUAUGUACCCUGGCCCUGGCCGACUACUUCUCGCGUCCCGAGGUGAUUGAGGCGACCAAGGCGAAGAAGAAGGGUGCUUCCGACGCCAAGGCGAAGAGUGCGCAGCGCUCGCUGCCUGUGGAACACGGCGAGGCAGACAUGGAGGCGCCGCCGCCCAAGUCGGCGGAAGAAUGGGGUCUGCUGCCGCGAUACGAUUCGGAAGAAGCCCGCUAUGUAUAA